CCUACAAGGAAUCGCAUUUCCUUCAUAGGAAGCCGCUUGUGAGCAUUUCCUAAGAUGGAUGAUGGCUUGCAUGGAUUGCAAUGCAUUGCAUGGAUGGCAUGGCCAGGCGGAGCGAAGGCGUGACCUUUUUAAAGGGGAAGCGCGCACUUCUCUGCUUGAACGCAGCGCCCCGCCUGACAAGGCCACAGGAGGGCCGCUGCCUUGCUUAUCUUGUUGCGCUCUGCCCGCCCGCGGAUAGGGGGGGCCGUUUCUCGUAGGGGUGAGGCCGCGCGUGGAAUCCCUUUCGGCCCGAGCUGGCUGCAGGGAGGACGCAGAGCCCCCUGACGCCUGGCCGCGUUGGAGAUGCCAGGCAGCAAACUGGCCUAGACGUUCGCAGCUAGAUAGAAGCCGGGCCCUUAAGUAAGUGAGUAAUGGCCGAUAGGCGUAAGUACUUAAGGCGUUAGAUUAUGAAGUCCCCCAUUGCCCCCCGGGAUGGUAUUGCCAUGCUUGCGACCAGGGUGCUUACAGUAUAUUGAUACUUAACCUUUUUCGCUAUGGGUUCGCGUUAGAAGUAACAGGAAUUCGGUGGCUUUUGGCUUUCGGUCUAGCCUUGGUUUCCGGCUGGGUUUAAGUAGGCACACAGCAAGUGCGCUAGUUUUCCUGCGUGCACAGGCUACGGCGCGUCUCUAUGGUCCUCUGCGUUGCCGGCGUUGGGGGGGUGGUCUCUGGGGGGGGGGUGUUCUAACUGUUACCUGCGUAUGCUGCGCCCGGAUGCGAAUGCUUCGAAGUUGCUUGCGCCCAAGCUGUUGGAAGGUGAAACGCGACUACAGUAAGUGCGGACGAUGGCGCCCGAAGGGCGCCCUGAAAAAAAUCUUAGUUCUAAGGAGCGCCAUCCAUUGCCAUGCAUGCAAUCCAUGCCAUGCAUUUUAGAAAUCCGGAAACAGCGAAAUUCUCUAAUAUAUUAUAAAUUUAUCUUUUGUCAGUAUCUAUCUAGAAGAUCUGAAAGUGCUGCCUUCACCAUGCUCAGAGUCUAACACGUACUUAAUCUACAACUAUUAUCUAUAUCUACCUUUCUAUGCGCUCACUACAUGGUGAUAAACUAGAAAUAUGGUGUAGGAAUUGUACUAGGCGUGCGCGUGGAAAAUAAAUAAAGUUAGGGGACGUGAGGUGUAACAAAAACAAUAUAGUGAAGGUCGUGAAGAUCCUCAAGAAUGACAAAUGCUGACAUUUGUUGAUAUUGUGAAGCAAAAAUAAGUAUGGGAUUGUGAUUGUGAGGAAAUUCGCUGUGCUUCUGCGUAGUCAGCGAUGUCUAGAUCUAUGAAAGACUGUUGCUUGGUGAUGUGCCUUAAGAAGAGAU